CUUUCAUUGGCCAUUUGGAGCAGUUUGGAAAUUACCAGUGAGGAAAAGAACUAAAUUUUAUGUUUAUUCACAUGAAAAACACCAGUUUUGGACAACAAGCAUGGAGAAAAUUGAAAAAGCCUGUACAAGUCUAAACAGCUGUGAGAAAUGCAGUUCUUUCAAUAUAACAACACAGUCUGUCAUAGAGGAAGAAAGUCUGCAGAUUACUGAUAACUGUACUAAGUAUUUUAAUUCUUCUUUUGAUCCGAUAACAAAAGUUAACUUCGAUGAAAACACAAUUUUUUUUAACCAGACUCGCUGUUGCCUGGGUAACCGGACAUUAUUAUACAAUAAAGACCUUACGACCGAGAGAAACAUCUUAGACCUCUCUACAUUUUCAACUAAAGAUACUACCGCAAACUAUGGAACAUUUUUUCUGGAUUCGAGGCCUUUUAAAACCUUAACAAUCAGCUUGUUAACAAUGGCACUGGUUGGAACGCUCCUCAUGUGUGUAUUGAUAGUGGUUUGCUGUCGUAAACGGCAAUCAAAGAUUAAACAGAGAACACCAAGUCCUUCUAAAUUUACUGCAAAUGGAACACACAACGAGGAAGUUGCUGAAUACUCAACUGUAGAGGAAUCGGCCAUUCUAAUGGAGUCCUUGACUCAGCACAGAACUCUACCAAAGAUGGAGGAAACACCUUCUGACAAUUAUUUUAUUCUUGAACCAAAUAAAAGAUUAUCAACCACCUCCGUGGAUACAAAAUCAAUAGAACUGAUAGAAUGUGAAACUGACGAAGAUGUCUACAAUACAUUACAUGAAAGAAGAUCCAAGGAUUUGGAGGAGAAUGCAUACAGCCAUUUUGUGGAUUGUAAUGACAGUGUUUACUGCAGAACGAUUAACCAAUGAAUAUCCAGAACAAUCAAGCAGAUGAUUCAUUAUCAUGUUUCAUCGCUAUUGGAUGACAUUUUAUGUUUUUAAAAGGUAGAAGUAAACAUAUUUAGAAUGAGGAAGAAUAAAAACAAGACAAACCUUUACAAAUCUCAAUGCUUUCAAGUCGGAAGUGUGUAAGUUUGUGUCAACUAGACGAGUAUUUGAAAAGAUUAGGAAGCAAAAAUGUGUAAUUUAAGAUGAUAUGUUUAAAGGCAUUUCCGAUAUGUACUUCACUGUGCGUCUCUUUUGCAAGAUAACACGUUCAUUUCAUUACAUGAGAUUAGACACUCGCGAUGUUUUUGUUUAGAUAAUAUCAGCAUCAAGACAAAUUGAAUGUGACAAACAUUAAACUGUGUCAACUUGUGUUCCUUGCAAACUGGCUAAAAUCUGUUUGCAACAGAUCUUUUACUAGUAUAUUUAACCAUUGUUAACAAAAGACACGAGCCUUGUUUACAUAUAACAAAAAAAUUUGAGCUGUUCUGUAAAUCGCUUAUAACUCGAUAACUGAUAUUCAAAUGCUGAUUUGAAUAUUAAAGAUACCCUGUUAGAACAAUGUUAACAUUAAAACUGGAAAAAUAAAAAUAUUAACUCAAAUCAUGAUCAUCUUCCUUAGUGCUUUACAAUAAAAUAUUAAAUAAAAAUAAAAAAAAAAGUAGACA